GAAGUCAAAAGCUCGCACAAAAGACUCAGCUAAAUAAACUAAUUCUCCCUUCAUGUGCAACUUGUAAAGAAAUUCAGAAGGCAAACAUUCGUGUGCUUGUGUCAGUGUUGAGCAGUUGGAAACAAAUCCAGAACUAGUGAAUAAUGUUUGCUGUGUAGAAUAUACCAGACGCUUGUAGCGAGCAUAAUUUAAAGAUUUAAAUAUUAGUAAAUCUUAUAAGUGAAUUAAACCAAUGCCCAACGCCAUGGAAACAACAUCGAGUUCGGGCAACAGCUCGAAAAAGCCGUUCAAAGUCAAGGACGUAACGCGAAACAUUAAGAAGGCCGUGUGCGCCGCCAGCCUGGAGGAGAUACGGGAUAAGGUGGCGGAGAAGUUCGGCAAGUGUGACCAAGAAGCGCCCACCAUCCACCUGGACUCGGAUGGCACCGAGAUCGACGACGAGGAAUACUUUCGCACGCUGGACGAGAACACGGAGCUAGUGGCUGUCUUCCCCGGCGAGCAUUGGAUCGAUCCCACGCACUACGUGACCAUAACCACGCCGCAUGGCAAUGAGAGCGUGACUGGCAAUGGCGACAUCUCUCCAGAAGGAGGAGGAGGAAGAGUGGGCGGUGGAAGGUGUGACGGAGGCGGCGACACCACCGAUGCCAACAACUCGGAGUCGGCAGCCCGCAUACGGCAGCUGGUCGGACAACUGCAGAACAAUCUGUGCAACGUGUCCGUGAUGAACGAUGCGGAUCUGGACUCGCUAUCCAACAUGGAUCCCAACUCAUUGGUGGACAUCACCGGCAAAGAAUUUAUGGAGCAGCUAAAAGAUGCCGGCAGGCCGCUGUGUGCCAAGCGCAAUGCUGAGGAUCGUCUCAAUUUGCUGAAGCUGCUCAAGGCGGGAGCCAUCUUUUGCUCGGAACGCUAUCCGGAGGAUGCCGAGGCCAUUGAUCGCGAGAUCGGGCGGCAGCUGAACGAAGCGGAGAGUGGACAGGUGACGGCCACAACGACUAGCAACACGCGCACCAUUGAGGUGGUGCAGUGCGACAAUCAGAACACGACGAUAACCAUUACCGUGGGCGAGGCCAUCAGCACCUGCAUGGCCACUGGCAACGGUGCACUCUCCUCGGUGGAGGCGGCGGCCAAUGAGGCCAAUGCCAAUGCGAACGGGAAUGCCGGCGGCGACAUCUGACUGCCCAUUCUGGGCAGCCUCAGGUGAAAAUCUGUCGGUCGAGGAGUAGACUAAGAGCCAAGAACUUGGCGAACAAAACAACAACAUCGGAGAUGAAAAUCAGCGAAUGAAAUGAAGAGGCGCUUACGGAGACAUCAGUCCUGCAACAUUGGGUUAACAUACAUAUAAAGUACAGUUGUAGCUUGUAAUUAGCGGCUGCGGCCACUGAGAACAAAUUCAAACGAAACGAAGACAAAUCGUUUCAAUCGAAAAAUCACAGAGAAAGCUUCAUAGGAUCUAAGAGUAAAUGAAAGUUAACGGCAAAAUACACUUGUAUUAGUAUUAAACAGACACACACAUACAUAUAUGAAGGAGGAUUAGGAGCAGGAAGAGAAGCCACACAGCUUUGAAGAGUCUUUUUAGCCAUCAGGUCAGUCAGGUCAGUGUAAACCCCAUUAAACCCAGAAGAAUAAUCAAGCUCAAAAAACAACAAGUAGAAAAUUAGAUAUUACAAUGAGAUGUAGAGAACCACAAGAUAAAUCUAGAUAAAUAUGCCCUGAGGAGAGUUUCGUUGAUUUCGGGUAUGGAAAUUGUUGAUUUUCGCCUACUUUGGAGACUUUGUUCGUAGUUAAUUGUAUUUAAUCGAGUUAUGCAAAUGAGAUGAGACGAGACGCACAUCAAAAAUUGUUUUUACACUGAUGCCAUUAGGAAUGUCAUUCGUUAAAGGCAAAUUGAGACUGACUGUAUUUAUGUGUAAUAAUCUUAAUAGUUUUGGGUGGAUGGAUGGUUGGAUGUUAGGAUGGAAAAAGGCACCCCAAAGACACACCCUGGUUCUAAUGCCAAAUGAAUUUAAGCAACGACAAACAUUAACAUUAGCAAUUUAAACAGUAAACAAUAAACGCGACAUGCAAUUGCACGACAAACAAACAAACAAACAAACAAACAAACAAAAACACCAAAUAUGAAACCCAACCAAGAAAACUGUCUACAAUUUGAAUAAGCAAUAAGGGAGAUCCGAAUGGAAACAAAACAAUUAUUAACUUUAGCCAAAGUGAAACAAAUGAUGUAAACUAUAUACACGAACGAAUAAAUAAUUGAACAAUUAA